UUUCUUUCCCUUUGCCAGCUGCAACUGCAAUUCCUCCAUGCCUCGUCCCGUGAAGGUGGUGUCUGUGGGCGGUCAGAGUUAUCUCAGUUCCAUUUUGAGAUUUUUUGUCAAGCAACUGGCAAACAAGACGUCGGACUGGCUGAACUACAUGAGGUUCCUUAUCGUUCCACUAGGUUCUCACCCAGUAGCCAAGUACAUUGGUAUUGUGGAUAGCAGAUACAGUGGAAUGUUUCUGGAUACCGCCUGGAGAGAACUUUUCAGCAAGUCUGAGCCACCUGCAACUGAUUCCUUGGAUGUGGUUGGCCGGAUCAUGCAGUACAUAAACGGAGCAAAUGUGACACAUCAGUUGCCUGUGGCUGAGGCCAUGCUGACAUGCAAACACAAAUUCCAAGAUGAAGAUUCUUACCAGAAGUUCAUCCCUUUCAUUGGGGUCGUUAAAGUGGGCCUCAUUGAAGACUCUCCUGCAGCUACAGGUAUGGCACACCUCAUUGUUGUCCCCUUGAACAAAGGCCAGUUAUUGUCAUUUGCUCCACAUCCUUGAACAGGGUGAUUUGCUUGGAUAACAUAGAUUAGGAUUGACACAACUUGACAACUAGUGUGCUAUGGUUUUGUAAAACACUGGAGCUGAAAGGCA